AUGUCUUCUACUCGAAUUGGCGAAAAUCCGCCGCCAUUCCCUCAUGUUCCAGAGACUCUUCGAGUCGAUUCCUUCGAUCCGUCAAGACCCCAAGGAUCCAUAGAGCCGCGCGCAGAUACGGCUCCAUACAUCACGCCCUAUCUUAGUCUUCGGUCCCGUCUGUCACAGAUAUGGAUCAAUCGGUGGACUGUCCUCCUAAUCAUUGUCCUGGCUCGCACCGUUAUUCUAAUAGCCCAGCUACGAGAGAAUCUCGCGGAUGCAGAGGUGCAGGCUCUUGCUGCCUGUGACAAAGUCGAAGGCGUAGGCAGCGCCAUGGCUUCCAUGCCUCAUUAUCUCUCUCAAGGAGUCAACGAGCUUGUUGCCUUGGGUGUCGAAACGAGCGUCCACGGCAUGGUGGAGCUGCUUGAUAUGGUGAUUAGCGGCGUCGAGAACAUCAUCAUCUUCUACAUCAACUUCUUGACAGCCACAUACACUUGUCUCGUCACGGCUAUGAUACACGGGAGCCUCGAUGUUGUUGCCAACGUCACCGCGGAUGCGACAGAAGCAUUCAACCACCUAAUCAACGGCACCGUCACCGAUAUUUCAAAGAUUGCGAAUUCCUUGCAAAAGGCCAUCACAAACAUGACAUCCAGCAUUGAAGAUUCAGUCUUUGGCAGUUUGAUUUCGGCGAUUCCCAAAGUCAACUUUACGAAACCCAUCGACGAGCUCAAGGAUUUCCAGCUGAAUUCGACAGGGUUCGUCAGUGGCGUUCAGGAGCUCAACGACAAACUCCCUACGUUCGAGGAGGUUCAAAACUUGACCGAGACUGCCAUCUCGUAUCCCUUUGAGAAGCUGCGCGAAGCCUUGGACGAGGCUUAUGGCAAAUACGAGUUCAACAAAAGCGCCUUCCCUCGUGCCGAGUUGCAAGAACUGACGUUCUGCUCUGAUAACGACUCGCUGAACCGGUUCUUCACCAACUUGCAGGAGAUGGUGUCCAAGGCUCGUGUGACAUUCAUUGUUAUUCUCUCCUUGGUGGCGGUGGGCGCCAUGAUUCCCAUGGCGUGGCUGGAGAUUCGUCGCUGGCGGCAGCAGAAGCAGCAUGCUAAACUCGUCAACCAGGGUCAGCAGGACCCGAUGGACGUCAUCUACAUCGCUUCUCGGCCCUACACUGCGUCAUACGGCAUUCGGUUCACGCGGAACAUGAGCGCCAAGAAGCAGAUUCUGGUCCGCUGGUGCAUUGCAUAUGCCACCUCGCCGGCUGCCUUGUUCGUCCUGUCGCUUGCCCUUUCUGGGUUCUUUGCAUGCCUAUGCCAAUACAUUCUCCUCAAGUCUGUACAGAAGAAGACACCCGCACUGACUCAAGAAGUCGGGGCAUUUGCGGAAAACGUCGUCGAUAGCCUGCGGAACGUUUCUGAUUCCUGGGCCGCGAGUGCCAACGGGGUCAUUACAGAUCUCAACGACGAGAUUAACAAUGAUCUUUUCGGCUAUGUAAGCAACGCAACACAGGCGGUCAACGAUACGAUCAACGUGUUUGUGGACAAGAUGCAAGAAGGGUUGGACGCUGCGCUCAACGGCACUAUUCUUCUGGGGCCCAUCAAGUCGGUCCUUCACUGUGUAAUUGGGCUCAAGAUUGAGAGUGUGCAAAAGGGGCUGACGUGGGUUCACGACCACGCUCACGUCGACCUCCCUCUCUUCCCCAACGACACUUUCAGCGCGGGAGCCAACAGCUCGCUGGCUGGCGAUUCGGGCUUGCACAGCUUCCUCUCCUCGCCUUCGUCUGCCUCCGCCGAUGAGGUUAGCGGAGCUGUCGACCACGUCACCAACUGGCUGCAUAGCAACCUGGUGCAGGAAGCACUCAUCUCGCUGGGCAUUUUCCUUGUGUACGUGAUUGUUGUCUUGAUUGGUGUGAUUCAGACCCUUGUGGGCUUGCACACGGACGAGCGCAGCCGUGCAGAGGGAGGCAUCCGCUACCCAACGCAGGAGGAGAAUGCACGUCCUACUUCUAAUGCACCUUCUGCGCGGUCGUCUUGGUCUCGAGACCCGCCACCCCCGUGGGAGCCAACGGCUUCUUCUUCGGGUGCGGUUGGGGGCAGCAGCAGCUCAGCGAGGGAUGCAAAUAACGAGAAGUUUGUCUACGGUGCGAGCCCAACAAGGCCGAGCAUGAGAAGCAACAACCCAUACGAUGGCUACAAUGAAAAGAAUGCCUUUUAG